AAGACCCAGCAGAGGUACAAUAGUGAACAUCUGUCGCCUCGGUCUCCUCUGUAUGAAUUGAGCCUAGGCUACAGUCUGAAGACACACGGGCAGCGGCAGGCAGGAAGGCUGGGACAGCGCGGACGGACUGGAGUGGAUCCAGGAUGACAGCAGAUUACUCCGGACCAUGAGAGAAAGUGGAGCCACUGAGCCGCAGCGAUAAGACAGCGCGCCGCAAAAUGAAGACACCUAUGCGCCAUGGGGUAGCCGUGCUUCUCGUGCUUCUCCUGUGCGCCAGCUUGUUCCUCGUGUACAACGGCAGCUUCAGCGGCGCGUCCAGGGACACCAACGAGACGCGCGUCCGGCAGCAUGAACAGCUGCGGCGGCCAAGCGCAGCCCCGGUCAGGGUGGCCCAGCCUCAGCCCCCGGUCCUCCAGGGAUACAGCGGCAUCAUCGACCAUAAGCCGCUCAGGAUGCACUGCCAGACCUGCGCCCUGGUCACCAGCUCGGGUCACCUCACCGGGGGCGGCCGGGGAGAAGAGAUCGACCGGGCCGAGUGCGUCAUCCGCAUGAACGACGCCCCCACCGCCAGGGGCUACGCCCGGGACGUGGGCCGCCGCACCUCCCUGCGCGUCAUCGCCCACUCCAGCAUGCAGCGCGUCCUGCGGAGCCGCCACGAGCUGCUCAACGCCAGCCAGGACACGGUGUUCAUCUUCUGGGGCCCCAGCAAUUACAUGAGGCGGGACGGGAAGGGGCUGGUCUACAACAACCUGAGGCUGAUGAAUCAGGUGCUGCCCAAGCUCAAGGUCUACAUCAUCUCCUGGCAGAAGAUGCUGCAGUUUGACGAGCUCUUCAAGAAGGAGACGGGCAAGGACAGGAAGAUAUCAAACUCCUGGCUGAGCACCGGCUGGUUCACUAUGACCAUCGCCCUGGAGCUGUGCGAUAGGAUCAAUGUCUAUGGCAUGGUGGCCCCUGACUUCUGCAGGGAGUCCCAGCACCACUCCAUCCCCUACCACUACUACGAGCCGCACGGCCCGGACGAGUGCGCCAUGUACAUUUCCCAUGAGCGCGGGCGGCGGGGCAGCCACCACCGCUUCAUCACCGAGAAGCGGGUCUUCGCCAACUGGGCACGGACGUUUGACAUCCACUUCUAUCAGCCUGACUGGAGCCCGCCUCCUCUCCCGGCCAACCAGACGCUGGACGGGGUGAUCCCUGCUGCUCCCCACAAGACGUGACUGGGGUGAACAAAAAGCGGCUCACGAGGACUGAGAACGGGGUGACAUUUGGCGGCUACUGGACCCUUAAAACAAAGGAUAAUAUAUAAAAGGAGGAGGAAUAGUAUUUACUCCAGAUGAAGACUGCUGGACAUUGACAGUUCUUGCAGUGUUUUGUUUACUGAAGUGAACUGAUUUAAAGUUAUACACCUUGCAAAGUGUAGGACAGCAACAUAAUCACACUCCACUCUCAAUGCAUGCAGUGUUUGAUUGUGGUCCUUCCCCGGCCUUUGUGCACAUGUACGCGUAUGCACGUGUGCACCAGAGGAAACACAGAGGAUGCAAAGUUCCCUCUACAAAGCCUCUGUUGGGUGAAGGAUCCAUGUAGGAGUCAAUGCUUACAAUUCAUGAAAAGAAGAAAACAUUUUUACAAUGCCUGCUUUCUUUCCAUGUAGCGCCGGAGACCGUCGGCUGAAUACAAACACUGGCGUACCUUGAGUUAAAUUUGGCUUUUGUGUGAAUUAUUACUGUUCAGAUGUUGCAUUCUUCUGCAGUUUUCAAAGAUUGCGGAGGUCAGGCUGGAUGAGAUUCUUUAGACCUUCGUGUCACGCAGCAAAGGCUCAAACCCCCUUCAAAGCAGUCUCAUAAAUCACUGCCCUGACUUUCAUUUAAACUGCCUUUCAGAUGUGUGCAUUGUGAGCUCGCCCAAGUCAAACUUGGCAAUGCAGCACAUCCUGUCUGAAUGACAAGUGUGUAGCAUUCGCCGGGAGGUUUUUAUCUCACGCGCGUGCACCCCUUUCCGGUCCCAUACGUGUGUGUAUCAUAAGGUUUUUCUGGCCCCUGUCAACAGUUAAUAGUGCGAUUUAUACAGCUACAAGCCGGAUUUCCAUGUAAAUGCGCAGUCAUGUGACACAAGACAAGUGGGAGAUUAAGAUCGAGAGCAGGGAUGCAGCAGAAGCAGCGGCGUCUAUCCCACUAUAUUCAUCUCCGGCGAGCCCGAAUCACCUCGCAGGAGACUUACACCAUUUCAAAGAAUACCGGAUUUUCUUUUUUUGUUAAACUGAUGAGUAUGUGAUCCGUCACCUUCUCGCUCUCAGUUGCGUUUCUAUCUGCCCUCUCCCCUCAUUUCAUGGAGGCCUGUGUUACCUAUAGGGCACCCCUCGUCCUCUCUCCAUGGAUACGACUCGGGUGUCAGUCAGGAGAAAGCGUGGAGACGUGUGAUUAUCUUAACAAUGCAUCCCACUGCUAAGUCCCUAUUGAUUUUGCCCUCAUCUCUGUAACGUGAGUAAUGAGAGGUCGGAGGGAUGGGGGCGGACACAUAGGUGCUCACACCAUGAGAGGAUGUUUCAAAUCGCACUUCCUCGGUGAAGACGAGAGCACGAUUGCUUCUCAUCCAUCAUAAACAGCCGUAGCGGUUUUGCCGUGUGCAGCCUGGCUCGGCACACAGCUGAGUUUCUACUGUAGCAAAGAGCGAAGUGUGUUUUUUUCGUUUUCCAGACACUUGAAUUGUGAAUGCCUCUGUGCAGUUUACAACAGUAAAGGGGUAUGCACUCGAUUGUCUUUAUUUUUUCUUUCCUAAUUGAAUUGAUCAUAAUGAAACCACAGACUAUUUGGAUAACAGGUGGUUUAAAAAAUGCAAGAGAAGUCUAAAAAAGAAAUGCCCGUCUCAAGGCUGAUAUUCUCAUACUGUUUGUUUUGAGGAAGAACGACCACAGCCUCGAAGGCAUCCAGUUACCAGGGAGACUAAACAGAGAAAAGGAGAAAAUCUUCAUAUUUGUCAAACUGAAACCGGUGAUAUUUUAGAGAUAUUAACUUCAUGAACAACUUGGAUAGUUUGACAUUUUGGGAAAUAAAAUCAUUCCCUUCCUUGCCGAGAGUUAGAUGAAAGGACGGAUACCUCUCUCCUGUCUGCAGCUCGUUAGCGUGGUGCAAAUGAAACAUUAGAACAUUACCUCCACAUUUAGUGAAGAAUUAUUCUGAGAUGAUAUUAAUAAUAUAUAAAAUGUUAAUUGGUGAGCUUAAGAGGUGCUUUUAAGUAAGUGUGUGUUCUUUAACCUCCUGAGACCCAAGCUUUUGUUCGGUAUGCAUUUUUCAUUUCUCCAAGCUAUUUGGGUUUAUUGGGACCUAAGAAGUUUAAAAACUAAGCAUCAUCUUUGAACAGGAAGUAGUUUUUGAAAAGAAAAAACUCAGUGUGUAACAAAAUAUAAAACUGUUUAUUUUAAUACCUGAACAUGGCUGUGCAAGGACAGAACAAUGAAGUCCCAACGUCCUCAAACGAGUACUUGCUAAUUAGCGAUGUUGUACCUCUACACCGAUUACUGUAUUGACGCUUUGUUACCACUAGAUGGCAGACAAAAGUGUCAACUUAUGAAGACAACGGAUCCAAAUGAAGCAGAAUAAGCUGCCACAAAACAUAUGAGGACGAUGGGGCUCAGGAGGUUAAGACGAAGCUAGGAGUGCUGGCCUGAAAGCUAAGCUAAACGGUAUUGUGCAGCAGACACGAAUGGUUUUAAUCUGUUCAUCUAGGUCUCCACGGGAACUUUUCUAAAAGAUCGUUUCAUUUCAUCAUAAACAUUCCACUGAAUAAAAUCAUUUUUAUCAGUAA